AGGUGGCACUGAUUGGUACUGAUGGGUGACAUUGAAAGGCAGCUCAGAUGGGCAAUGAUAUGUGGCAUUCAUGUGCACUGGUAGGCACGGAUAUGUGGCAUUGAUGGGCACUGGCACGUGGCACUGAUGAGCACUGACAGGUGGCACUUCUGGGUCCACACUGAUCAUCAGGGCACACUGAUCAUCACUGUCAGUGUGACAGCUCGAGAGGAGAGAAAUGCCGAUAACCGGCAUUUCCGUGUUUACAUGUGAUCAGCUGUGAUUGG